AUGAAAUUCCAAACCAAAUGUAAACCAGUUGAUUUGUCCUUUGAAACAAAUCUAAUGUACGAAGCUUUUCCUUCAAUUUGCGAGGAAAUUCUAGACGAACAACUUAUUUAUCACGGAGCAUAUCCGGAUCUAAGAGAAAAAUAUUCUCAUAUGUUACACUACAAUGUUAACCUAGAUCAGCCAAGAUAUAUUGGUAAGGCAAUAUUUUCUGUCUAUGCCUACAGGAUGCUGGAAAAACCUUCAUUACUUACAGAAGAAAACAUGAAGAAAGCUUGUAUCGUUGGGUGGUGCCAGAGAAUGGUAGAUGCUACUCUAAUAAUGGACGACGACAUUGCUGAUUUUUCAGAUUUGAGGUACAAUAAACCAGCCUGGCAUUCUAUUAAAGGUGUUGGACCAGGAAAGGCGAUUUUAGAUGCAGCAUUUGUAGAAUCAGCAAUAUGGUACCUUUUAAUAAAUAAUCUCAGAUCUCAUCCGUUUUUUGCUGACAUCUUAAAACAAAUGUUGAUGUCAUAUGCUGUAACCAAUAUAUCUCAACGUUUAGAAUUAACAAAAUACAACAUUAAGGACCUAGAAAAGUAUACUUAUUCCUGGAAGGGUUUUGCCUUUACGUUUCCUAUAUUGAGAACAUCCCUAUAUUUAGCUAAUAUCGACGAUACGGAUGCACACAAUUUUUCAAAUCAAUUUUUGGUUGAAAUGGCACAUUUCUUAAAAAUUGAGGAUGAUUUUAAUGGAGUAUUUAAUCCAAAUUCUGAUAUAGAGAAGUCGUGUACGGACAUUUCGGAAGGAAGACCUUCAUGGCUAGCAGUUCAAGCUUAUCAAAGAGGUAACUCGACUCAGAAGAGGAUACUUGAAGAACAUUAUGGCAAAGUAAAUAAAGAAUCAGUUCGCAAAUGUUACGAGUUAUUCAAAGAACUAAAACUGGAUGAAGUUUUUGCAAAAUAUAGGGAGGAUUUUUACAAUCGUACUUAUUUAGAUAUUCAUAAUAAUUUGCCAAAAAUGUUACCCAAGGAGUUGUAUUUCAAUUUUUUAAAUUUUUGUAUGACAGGUGCUCUAAGAGUUUAG